AUGAAUUUUACAAAACCACCGUUACCCUUCUUUGGAAAUAAGAGUAGAUGUAAAGAUAUUCUAUUGAGAGAACUUAAGAAACUACCGAAUGGUCUAACAUUUGUAGAUUUGUUCGGUGGAAGUUUCUAUAUAUCCCAUUUGUGCCAUACUGUAUUUCCUGACUCAAAGAUUAUAUGCAAUGACUUCGACAACUAUAUGAACCGUCUCAAACAUAUACCAGACACAAACAAAAUAUUGAAAGAGUUAAAAGAAAAGAUACCUAUAGGUAAGAUGGAACGUAUACCAUUAGAUAAGAAAAAUACUGUCAGAGAGGUUUUGAAAAAGGCAGAGUAUAUUGACUGGGAUAGUAUAUCUGCUAG